CCGUAUACAAAAACUUGGACAUUUCUGUCUGCAUGUAACAUGUGUUCAUUGAUCUACUGGUACAGCUACACAAUAAUAAAAAAUUUAAAGAAAGAAAUUCAUCAUAUGAUAUAUCGAGACACUAUUUACGAUUACUGAGUUCUGAGUGUGGCUUUUAUCAUAUCCAUACAAAAGAGAUGUUCCUUCACCGAGUUCUUGUCUUUACAUUAGUCACUUGCAUCAAGGCUGAAGAUGUUUGCCCUGAGAAAUGUGCAUGUAACAAAGAAUUGACAUCCGUGAAUUGUGAAAGGCAUAACCUGUUAAACAUUCCAAAAAAACUUCCAAAAUCAGUUGAGAGGCUAUACAUGGCACACAAUGAUAUAGUACAUGUUAUUUUUUCUGCAAAUGUCAUCUUACCAAACCUGCGAAUUAUCUGGUUAGAUAAUAACAAAAUCGCAGGAUUACAAGCUAACACAUUUGACGGCAGGAUCGUUCCUAAGCUUAAUCAAUUAUAUAUAAGGAACAAUAAGAUAUCGGUGAUUGAAAGCAGAACCUUUGUAAAUAUAACGUCAUUAACCCAGGUCUAUCUAACCAAUAAUGAAAUUCAAGAAAUUCAGCCCGAUGCCUUUAUAGACACUCCAUUCGUUCAAUUGAUAAACUUGGGCAGUAAUUAUUUGUCAGGAAUUCCAAGACUCGGGAAAUUAAGGAGUCUUAAAAGUCUUUACAUUCAGGCAAACAAAUUAUCUGAUCUAACGUUUCCGGACGAGUACCGACAACUUAAGAAAUUAAAUGAAAUUGGUUUAAGUAAUAACGCAAUUAGGAAACUCGAUGAUUCGACCUUUAAAAAUUUGCAUAAUUCAGAUAUACGGAAACUGGAAUUGUCACGGAAUAAGAUUGAUGAGAUAUCUACAGGAGCUUUUAGCUGGAUGAAAAAUAUAACAUCCCUUAAACUAGGCUAUAAUCCUUUGACCAGUUCAGACUUAGAGAUGGCUUUCCAUGGUCUUGUUGGAUCGAGUCUGGUGUCAUUGAAUAUAGAUAAUAUAACUCUUGGUGGAGUUUUGUCCUCUUCUACUUUUCAGUUACUUCAGAACACAUCAAUAACGACUCUUAGUUUGAAAAAUAACAAAAUGAGCAACAUACCCCAAAGAGGGUUUGCAAAUUUAAAGAAGUUGAUCACUUUAACUCUCAGUUGUGCGAACAUCUUUCAAAUAAGUGACAGUGCCUUUGAAGGAUUGGAUGCAUUAACACGAUUAUUCCUAAAUGGCAAUCAGUUAUCCCGAAUACCAAACAAUCUGCCGCCAUCACUACAAUGGUUAUACUUAAAUGGCAACCAAAUCACAGCUUUGAAAGACAAUUCUUUUAUGAAGUUGUCUAAACUACAGUAUUUAUAUUUAGGAGGGAAUAAAAUUCAUCAGCUUGAACAGAAUGCAUUUUUGGGUCUCACUAGUUUGAAAAUAAUUCACUUGGUAGAUAAUAAGAUCCACACUUUACCAGGAAAACUUUUUGCAUCUUUUGUUGUUUUAGAAUCACUGGAGCUUAAUAAAAACAAUAUAAACCAGAUUCCGAACGGUGACAGUCUUUUUGGUUCCAUGUCAUCAUUAAAUUAUCUAAAUAUGGCCGAUAAUGCAUUUGCAUUUUUUUCUAUGGGACUUUUUCGUGUUCUUACGUCGCUAAGAUAUUUACACCUUGAAAACAAUCAACUCGGUAACUUGAUUUCGAAGGACGCUAAUGGUCAUUUGUUUGCCGGAUUGCACAAACUUAUCGUAUUGAAUUUGGCUAACAAUCAAUUGACACAACUUCCGGCUCCAAUUUUCAAAGAUCUGAUCAAUAUCAAAAACCUCACAAUCAGUUCAAACAAGAUAUCAUCGUGGGGAGAUAACUUAUUCAAACGAACACUCAAAUUAGAAAAUCUUGAUCUGAGUCAAAAUAUGAUAGCGCUUGUCAAUUCGUCAUCUGUUCAGGACUUUAAAGAAAUGAAGACUCUUGAUCUUCGUCAGAACCCGUUUGCCUGCACGUGCGACUUGCGAUGGUUCCGUGAUUGGAUGAAUACAACAACUAUUUUCAUUUUGCACAUCGAAGCGUAUCUCUGCAAUUCACCUUCAGAAUGGCAUGGAAAGAAACUUCUUUCUUUUGACAGACAUAAAAUAAAUUGUAUCUGGUUUACAACUACAGAAAUUAUAGUUGCAGCUGUUUGUGGUUUUCUAGCUUUUCUUAUAGUUAUUGCUGUUGUUUACAAAAGACGUUGGUACAUCAAACUUCGAUGGUAUAGGGUUCAGCGAUCAAUGAGAAGAUCUGGUGGAUCUGGAGCUGAUGGUUAUCAGCAACUAGAUGGCUAUGUAAAUAAAUACGAUGCUUACAUUUGCAGUGCCAGUGACAAUUAUCAGUGGGUUUUGAAAAACAUCUUUCCAGGGGUAGACUGUGGGGAUCUGGAAACUGUUAAGUUCGGAGGUGAAUUUAAACUUUAUUUUGAAGACAGAGACGCAGAACCAGGAAAAGCUGAAGUUUAUAACAUAAUUGAGAACAUGGAAGCAAGUCGAGUUGUGCUCAUUAUACUCACAAGAGAAUUCAUGGCGAAAGAGCGAUACAAGUUUGAAAUUAUCACGUCUAUUGAUUUACUAGAAAAAGGUAAAAUAUCUGAUAUUCUGAUUGUCAACGUUGAUGGACUUACCGCAAGACAUGUGCCAAGGCUACUGAGGCGCAAGAUGGAAAGGCAUGACUUCCUUACAUGGGAGGAUUCAGAGGAAGCGAAAUUGACAUUUAAAGAACAAUUAGUUGAUGGAUUGAGAAGGAAAAGACGAAUGGAAAAUGUUAUAUGAUCUUUCUCAAACAUUAUUUAACUUGAAACGAAAACUUUCAUAUUAAAACAAUUAUUCCAAAUUAUAUUCUAGGGAGAGGGAGUUGAAUGGUUCCAUA